UUGAAUGACAUUGACAUUUGAUAUCUGAAAACACGAAAACAUAGGAAAAAGAGCCCAAGAAACAAAAAUUGAUAAUUAUUAAUUUACUGUACUAAUUUCAUUACAAAUAAUUAACUUCAGAGUAUUAUUGAACUAUGGACAGAUUUGAAUACAUUGAAGCUCGACUAUUUGAAGGGGAAAACUAUUUAAAACGAGAGAAAAAUGUGAAAAUAUACGAUGGCGAAGAUAAGACACAAUAUGUUGAUGGCGAAGUUGUACUUACAUCACAUAGAAUUUUAUGGGGCAAGCCGGGAGACAUACCAAAAGGACUAACAUGUUUAUCUCUUCCAUUAUAUUAUGUAUUUUGUUUGGAAGAAGAGAGUAGUGGUGUGUUCGGUCUUGGUGGACCAAAGAGGAUUAUUUUGCAUUUAGGUCCAGCACUUCCAGGUAAAAGACCAGGCCCUGCAGUAGUAAGUCCAUACCACUUUGUGAAGUUCUCAUUCAAAGAUGGUAUAGACCCUCUUUUUUAUAAAGCAUUGUCUGAGGCUGUGAAUGCUAAAGCAUGGGAGAGAUCAACUCCAUUGACAUCACCAAGCUCAGAAUCUGCAGUAACAUCCACAAGACCUCCGGUGGCACCUGUGAACUCAAAGAUUCGGUCAGGUAUUGUUGGCAUUGAAAGAAGUAUAGAGGAACAGCAUAGAGCUACAGAUGAAAGUAUAAGUGUAGCAUUUCAAGAUCUAAGAAAACUUAUGGAGAAGGCUAAGGAAAUGGUGUCAAUAUCGAAAACCAUAUCAACUAAAAUUAGGGAGAAACAGGGAGAUAUAUCUGAAGAUGAUACAGUUAGAUUCAAAUCAUACCUCAUGAGCUUGGGUAUUGAUGAUCCAGUUACUAGAGAUACAUUCCGAUCAGACUCAGAUUACUAUGUAGGCUUAGCCCAGCAGAUUUCAGACAUGAUGGUUGCAGUAUUAAUGGACUGUGGUGGUAUUAUGUCACUUGCCGAUGUAUGGUGUAGGGUUAAUAGAGCAAGGGGUUUGGAGCUUGUAUCACCGGAGGACUUAUUAAAUGCUUGCAAGUUACUACAAUCAAUUGGUGCUCCAAUGUCACUUCGCAAGUUUCCUAGUGGUGCAUGUGUUCUACAACUGAACAGUCAGAGAGACGAGGAGGUUGCUAGAAGUACAAGUCAAUUGCUUGAAGAAAAUGGAAAUCUUACACCUGUGAAGUUAUCCCAGCUAGCCAAUGUUUCUGUGUUACUGGCUCGAGAGAGACUGUACACUACGGAGCGUCUUGGCCUAGCAUGUAGAGACGAAUCUAUCGAGGGACUAGCUUUCUAUCCGAAUUUGUUCCUAACUAAGUCAUCAUAAGUGUAA